UCCGUAAGCUUUGCAGAAGGGAACAGUGGAAGCUAUGUUGGCUUUUUCUGUUCAUUUACUUCACAUCCCAGUAGCAAUUAAAACACAAACCCCAUUAAAGAAAUCAAUGUUCUUGAACUCACAAUUGCAUUCAAAACAUUCAUUAAUUCAUGGGAACACUUCAAAGUUCAAGCUUCUCACUGCCUUAUCACCCUCUCCAUUGACAGAUUCUAGUAGUAAUCUUCAAGUGGAUGAUGAGGCAGAAGUUGAAACAGGUUCAGAGAAAUUUGACUGGUACUCACAGUGGUACGCUUUGAUGCCGCUUUGUGAUCUUGACAAAAGAGCACCUCAUGCUAAGAAAGUGAUGGGAAUUGAUGUUGUUAUAUGGUGGGAUAGGAAUGAAGGUGAAUGGAAAGUUUUUGAUGAUGCAUGUCCUCAUAGAUUGGCACCUUUGUCUGAAGGAAGAAUUGAUCAAUGGGGUAGGUUGCAGUGUGUGUAUCAUGGUUGGUGUUUUAAUGGUUCAGGUGAUUGCAAAUUCAUUCCUCAGGCACCUCGUGAUGGACCUCCGAUUCAUACGUCGAAAAAAGCAUGUGUAGCUGCUUAUCCAAGCACAGUGCAGAAUGAUAUCUUGUGGUUUUGGCCAAAUACUGAUCCUCAGUACAAAGAUAUUAUCACAAGGAAAACACCCCCAUUCAUGCCAGAAAUUGAUGAUCCAUCAUAUACUAGAGUAAUGGUAAACAGAGAUAUUCCUUAUGGGUAUGAGGUACUGAUUGAAAACCUCAUGGACCCUGCACAUGUUCCAUAUGCACACUAUGGAGUAAUGAACACUGCACAACCAAAAGAGAAAGAUGAUAGAGAAGGAGGAAGACCACUUGAAUUGUCAAUUGAAGAGUUAGAUGUCAAUGGUUUCACAGCAACUCAGGGUUGGAGUAAAAGCAUAUUUAUGCCACCAAGCAUCUUUUACAAUGUGUUUACAUCAAACAACACUUUAUAUGAUCCAAAUUACGCAUAUAGUGAUCCAAAUAAACCUGCAUCUUCCGUUGAUACUAUGAAAUCAUCGUUUCAGAAGAAAAUUGCUUUGAUCUUUAUUUGCAUUCCUGUUAGUCCUGGUAAUAGCAGACUGAUUUGGUGCUCUCCAAGAAAUUUCGGACUGUGGAUUGACAAAAUUGUACCGCGAUGGAUUUUUCAUCUGAGACAAAACUUGAUUAUAGAUUCAGAUUUAUAUCUUCUACAUGUUGAGGAAAAGAAAAUAAUGGAUGUUGGUCAAGAAAAUUGGCAUAAGGCCUGUUUUGUGCCAACAAAAUCAGAUGCUCUUGUGAUUGGUUUUAGGAAGUGGUUGAAGAAGUAUGCAGGUGGUCAAGUUGAUUGGAGAGGAAAAUAUAGCGGCGCUCUUCCUCCUACACCUCCUAGAGAACAACUUUUGGACCGGUACUGGAGCCAUGUGGUGAAUUGCAGAAGUUGCAGUUUGGCCUAUAAGAGCCUCAAUGUGGUGGAAGUGGCGCUGCAGAUCAUAUCAGUUGCUGCAAUUGGGAUUUUUGCCGCAAUGAAGCAGGGUGCAGUUUCAGCUGUAACAAGAAAUUCAAUGGUUCUGAUGGCGGUACUUUCAUUUGCAUUGUCGCGGUUGUUAGCUCACUUCAUAUACAAAUACUUCCGAUAUCAUGACUACGAACAUGCCUUUCACUGAAAUGUGUUUCCUUAGUUAUUGAUGUGAUGAAAUAUCCAACAUUGUUGUGUGUGUGUAGUCAAGUUGUACUAAAACAUAGCUAGUAAUUAUUGGUAUCUAACAUAUUGCUAUAAAAACUGUUAUCCUUCUGUUA